UGUGGUUAAAGGACUGUAUCAACCAGUUCCCCAUUCUGUGCUUUACCAUGUGAUACUGAGUGAGGAUAUUCUGAUUUUGCAUAUUUUUUUGCGCUCUGGGGCCAUGGAGGUUUGCAUGAUGAGAUAUUUUCGAGAAAUUCUCGUUUUCGUGCAUCUGAUUGCUUGCGUGGCGGGUAUGACAGGAAGAUGUAGUCUGUUCGGACGACACCACAUUCACACUUUCGAUGGUGUUUUGUACGAGUUUCCUGGAGACUGCAGCUACCUGCUGGCUGGAGACUGCAACCAUCGCUCAUUCACACUGCUGGGAGAUUUCGCGAAUUCCAAACGGAUGGGGGUGACGCUGUUUUUGGGCGACGCCUUUGAGCUGCACCUGUCGGUGGAUGGACGACUUUCACAAGGGGAAAAAAGACUGCCGCUGCCCUAUGCGUCGCACGCUGUGUUUGUUGGCUCAGAGCUUGGUUUUUAUAAGCUCUGGAGCGAGGAGUUUGGCUUCACAGUCACCAUUGAUAAUUCAGCCAACAUUGCGGUGACGCUUACCAAACACCACUCCAAUCGCACCUGCGGCCUCUGUGGAAACUUCAAUACUCUGUCAGCUGAUGAAUACACUGCGCAGGAAGGAUUUCUGACAGAAGACAGUUAUGACUUUGCAAACUCCUGGGCGGUGAAGGGAGCUGAUCAGUCCUGUCGACGUGUCUCAAAUCCCACCCAGUCCUGUAACAGCACCAAAGAGACGUCAACGAUUUUGUCCAGCUGCAGUGUCUUGGAAACCUCCAGCGUGUUCCUCCAAUGUGCCCACCUGGUUUCACCCGAGGCCUUCCUGAAGCUGUGUCAGAUGGAGGCCUGCCACUGUGACCAGAGGACGGGGGAAGACUGCUACUGUCCCGUCCUGCUGGAGUACGCCCGCACAUGCCACGCUCACGGAAUUCUUCUUCACGGGUGGCUGGAGGAGAGUCGCUGCUUUCCUAAGUGUCCCAUUGGGAUGCAGUACAGUGAAUGUACCAAGUCCUGCUCUACAACCUGCCAUAGUCUCAACAUCCAAGAGGUUUGCAAGGAGGAAUGCGUGGAUGGCUGCUCCUGCCCUGUUGGGAAGGUUCUGGACGGUAACCGCUGUGUGGAUGUAUCUCAGUGCUCCUGUGCGCACAUGGGGCGACACUUUCCUCCAGGGUCCACUAUCUCUCAAGACUGCAACACCUGUGUGUGUCGUCAUGGCUCAUGGGAAUGCACCAAUGAAGGCUGCCCUGGUGAGUGCUUGGUGGUUGGACAGUCUCACUACAAAAGCUUUGACAAUAAGUUCUUCACCUUCACGGGUCACUGUCAGUAUCUGCUGGCCAGGGACUGCACUCAUAAUGAGUUUUCUGUCAUCAUCGAGAAUGUGCAGUGUGCAGACGAUCAGGAUGCCGUGUGCACACGGUCCGUCACACUCACUCUGGCCGCUCUGGAGGACAUGACAGUAAAGCUGAAGCAUGGAGGAAUUGUAUCUGUCAACAACAUGGACAUCCAGACCCCAAUGCAUCAUGGCCGUCUUCAUAUCCAGAGGUCAAUUCACUCGUCUGUGCGAGUUAAGUUUGGUGAUGACCUUCGUCUGGACUGGGAUGGACGAGGCCGUGUGCUUCUAAAGCUGGGACCACGCUGGACAGGGCAGACCUGCGGACUCUGUGGGAACUACAAUGGCAACCAAGGCGACGACUUCCUUUCUGGUUCUGGACUCAUUGAGGCGGGUCCUCAAGCAUUUAGCCAAGAAUGGCGGAUCAACGGAGACUGUGAAUCCCCUCACAAACAUGACAGUGAUCCGUGUGCCGCUAACCCCAAAAGAGUGCGCUUUGCGGAGGAGGCGUGUGCGGUCAUGAUGUCGGACUUCUUCAGCCCAUGCCACGUCCUGGUGAACCCGGGCCCGUUCCAGCGGUUCUGCCGUUAUGACGUGUGUGCGUGCGUGGACGGAGAGCAGUGCCUCUGCUCCGCUCUGGCGGCCUACGCAGCGGCCUGCGCCGCCAGAGGAGUGCUGCUCAACUGGAGGUCUCCCUCACUCUGCGAGCUGGAGUGUCCUGUGGGCCAGACGUACGAGGCCUGUGGGAGUGUGUGUGACCGGACCUGCCGCUCCCUGUCUGGGGCCGAGGCUGGCUGCGAGGGGGAGAGGGUGUGUGAGGAGGGCUGUUUCUGUCCUGCUGGAAAGUACCUGAGUGCCUCUGGAGAGUGUGUGACGGCUGACCUGUGCUCCUGCCUGCACGACGGACAGCUCUACCAGCCCAAUGACGUCUAUGCAGAUCACAACAGCAUUUGCAACUGUGAGAAUGGCUCCAUGCACUGCAGCUCAAACGAAAUGACUUCAUUCCUCUCUGAUUUCUUUUAUGAAGACGACUUGGCACCAUCCAGAGGUCGAAGGUCAGCGGAGUGCCCUCCUCCACUGAUUCGUGCAGAGUGCGAUUCGGGGGCUAAAGGCCUGGAGUGUGCCAGAACCUGCCAGAAUCUGGACCUUCCCUGCGUCAGCCUCGCCUGCAUCCCCGGCUGCCUCUGUCCACCCGGCACUGUACGUCACCGCAGAGACUGUGUUGCACCGGAGCAGUGUCCGUGUUACCAUAACAACAGGCCAUACGCAGCAGGACAGACCAUCUCCGUGGACUGCAACACCUGUGUGUGCGAGAACAGAAAGUGGCGAUGCACGGAGAAGCCGUGCGAUGGCGUGUGCCGCACCGUGGGGGAGGGGCAUUACAUCACCUUCGAUGGCCUCAAGUACUCUUUUCCUGGUCUCUGCCAAUACAUCCUGGUGCAGGACAUGUGCAACGGGGAGGACGGCUCCUUCAGGGUGCUGGUGGAGAAUGAAGCCUGUGGAAUUGUAGGCCAUCGCUGUGCAAAAUCUGUCAUGAUAUCCUACCAGGGCGGAUUGAUUGUAAUGCAACAUGGAGAGGUGAAGAUGAAGAGGCCGGUGCCUCAUGGCUCACAGGUGGAGAUCAUCCGUUCGGGCCAGUUUUACACUCUGCUGUUUGGGAAGCACAUCUCCGUCAGCUGGGACAAAGGAACUCGCCUUCUGGUUCACAUCUCAGCGGCAUACAGGGGUCGGGUUUGUGGGCUUUGUGGUAACUUUGAUGGGAACGUCAACAAUGACUUGGUGAGCAGCAACAAUCAGCUGGAGGUAGACUCCUCACACUUCGGGAACUCCUGGAAGAUUGGUCCCAGCUGCGCCGACGUAACAGAGAUACCAACUCCUUGCAACAACAACAUUGUGAGGUUGGUAACAGUGGAGCAGUCUUGUCGAGUGAUCACCGGCCCCCUCUUCAGAGAGUGCAACAGCCAGGUGGAUGCAGAGCCGUAUGUGGAGAUGUGUGUGGAGGCGGCAUGUUCUUGUCAUUCCGUGGGCGACUGUGAGUGUUUCUGCGAUGUUAUCGCGGCGUACGCACAGGCCUGCUCUGAGAAGGGUGUGUCCGUAAGCUGGAGAUCCAACGACCUUUGUCCUAUGAGCUGUGAGGAGCUGAACCCCAGGAUCCCAGCGAUAGGGGUGGACUUAUGCCAGUGGAGAUAUAACACUUGUGGACCUGCCUGUCCGGUCACCUGCCAGCACCCAGAGCCCCUCCACUGUGCGCUCACAUGCGUGGAGGGCUGUCAUGCGUAUUGCCCACCAGGCCAACUCCUGGACGAGGUGGCCAUGCGGUGUGUCGAUCCCUCCCACUGUCAGGUUUGUAUCCAUGAGGGUCAGAGAAUCUCCCACGGCAACAAGGUCAUCCUGAAUCACGAUGACCCCAGCCACUGCAAGAUAUGCCACUGUGAAAACAACACCCUGAGCUGUGAAGAUUGUACCCCCGUCAAUAUAAUCACUACUCCUGCACCAACAUCUGCCUAUGGGACCUUCACCACCCAGCAGUUCACCACUCUGAUGCCCGAAGGGACAUGUGACCGCGCCAUGGAUCUGGCUUUCCUAUUGGAUGGGUCAGAAUCCCUGAGUGAAGAUGAGUUUCAGGCAACCAAAGAUUUCAUAUUGGGAGUGGUUGAAAGAUUCCGCAUGGGCUCGGCUCACACUCGAGCAACAGUCCUGCUUUACCACUCAGGUGUCAAAACAUAUGAUCUGCAGGUUCAGAAGUGGUUGUUCAAGAAGACGGUGCGUGAGCUUCAUUACACUGGAGGGGACGCCGCUUUUCUGGAUGAGGCAGUCAAGUAUCUCGCCAUCAACAUCUACGACAAGAACAAGCGUGAAAACGCCGGCCGCAUCGCCAUUAUCUUGACCGCUAGUCCCAACCCUCGCCCCGUCCGCUUUCUUGUGAAGAUGCUCCGCAAAAAAGACAUCACGACCCUGACCGUGGCUCUGGGUCCCGGGGUCGACAUGAAACAGAUCAACGACAUUACUAAGGCAAACCCAGACAACAGGGCCUACGUGUUGAGCAGCACAGCCGAGCUGUCCGAUCGCCUUUUGGAGCUGACUGACUAUCUCUGCACUCUGGGGAUGGAGCCUGAGGUCGUGAAGCCUCCAACCCCAAAACCCACAGCGGCUAAAACUUCAAAGACGACAACCACCACUUCCCCGACUCCACAUCUGGAGCCAAACCCCACGCAACCGCCAACCCAUGCACCUGCAUCGACAGCCGCCGUUGGCCUUUCUCCCACCACUACACUGUCGUCCUCCAUCGCUCCAACCAAGGACGUGACUUUUAUUAUAGAGGGCUCGGAUUCUGUUGGAGAGGCCAAUUUCAACAAGACGCUCCUCUUCCUGGAAGAAGUUAUUUCUCAGAUGACAGAAGAGGAGGAGUUCAUCCACAUCACUGUGAUCCAGUACUCAGUAACAGUAACUGUGGAGAUCAGUCGAUGGGAGCUGAGGUAUCAGAGAAACCGACUGAUCCAGCAACUGAGGGAGAUUCGCUGGAGGGGCGGAAGCAUGACGAACACCGGGGCCGCGGUCAACAUGACCAUUGAACAAACCGCUACCAUCCAGCCCUCUCGCGGCCCCGCCGCUCCUCAGCUCGUCUUCCUCGUGACAGAAAACCCACCGACAGACACGGUGACCCGUCCGCCAUCAACAAGCACCCACACGCACGUCUACCCGAUUGGCGUUGGACCAAAAAUACACGAGACUGACCUGCUCCCAUUCAGCUUCCCUCAGCGCCCACUGAUGGUGGAUGACUACACCCGCCUGACGACCCUGGUUCGCAAAGUUGUCAAUAUCACCCGCACCACGGUCACGCCCCGCUCUCCUACACUACCUCCCUUAGUAUUCCCACCUCAUGCCACCUUACCACCUUCAGUGCCCUGUAAGAAACCAGUGGAUGUCAUGUUCCUGCUGAAGUCUGGAGAGCAGUUUGAGGACAUGAAGACAUUUGUCAAAGCUUUCAUUAAUCAUGCUGAUAUAGGGCGGAAUGACACUCAGGUGAGUGUGGUUCAGUAUGGAGAAACCAACACGGCAGAGCUCACAUGGAGGGAUGAACAGAGCAGAUCAGAACUCCUGAAGCUGGUGGACAGCAUACCGAGCAGGAGCAGCUCCCCCCCUGCACUCGGGUCUGCUCUGAGAUUCGCCGUGCAGACGUCCAUCUCCUCCGUCAGCGGUGGAAGAGCUGGCGUGGCCAAGGCUGUGGUGAUGCUGGUGACAGACAAAUCAACUGAUGAUAUCAGUGAAGCAGCCAAUGAGGCACUGGCAGCAGGUGUGUCGGUGUUCCCUAUUGGGAUUGGACCCAGCUACGACAGCCACGAGCUCAGUGUGCUCGGUCGGCAUGGCAAUCAGGACAACACUCUCCACCUGAACAGCAUGGAUCAGCUGCUGAUGCUGUUGACACUGGACAACAGUUACACUGAGAGAAUCUGCAGAGCUGGCCCACCUGGAGUGUGUGUUGAUGAUAAUGGAAUUGAGAGAAAGCCUGGUGAGACGUGGCUGCUGGACGACGGCUGCCACUCUCUCCUGUGCCACCCCAGCGGGGCAGUGACAGUCCAGAAUCACAAAGUCAGCUGUGACAGGCUGGAGCCGCCGGCUUGCAGAAACAGCAUGUCUCCUGUCAGAGUUCAAGAGACCUGUAGCUGCCACUGGGAAUGCCCUUGCGUGUGCAUGGGCAGCUCCACCAAUCAUGUGGUGAGAUUUGACGGCUUGGCACUCAGGCUGGACGGGGAGGGCUUGUGCUCCUACACACUUCUCACUGUCAGCAAGAACGUCAGUGGAGGGUCAGAGGUCAAAAUCCACACUGGGCCUUGUCAAGACACAGCGAAUUACAACCAGGUCUGCAUGAAAGCGAUGGAAGUGAUCCAUGGAAAACACCAGCUGCUUUUGAAAGAUGACAUGAUGGCGACGAUUGACGGAGAGGAGCUGGCGCUGCCGUGGCGUCACGCCGGUCUGGAGCUGGUGCGUUAUGGGGGAGUGAUGCUGCAGCUGAAAUCAGACCACGGCUACGUCCUGACGUUCACUCCUCAGAGCAACGAGUUCACCAUCACAUUAUUCGGCUCGACCACCGCCGGUCACACCGCUGGACUCUGUGGUGCCUGUGGGGAGGAAAAAGUUAACGUCCUCUCUUUACGUAAUGGCGGUACAACAACUGAUCAGCCGGCCUUCAUCUCAGACUGGACUGUGCCUGUAGAAGACGGUGUUUGUCUGCCGAAGCGGAAAGCAUUGUGUGUUUCUGGAUCGGCGAUGGGAUGUCAGGCUCUGCGCUCGGAGGUGUUUGAGCCGUGCCAUCCAUACAUCCCCGUUCAGGUUUUCCUCACCAAGUGCGAGGAGCAAGUGUGUGAGGAGUCAGAUGUGUGUGAGCUCAUUUCCACCUAUGCACGCCUGUGCAGACAGAGAGGCGUGUGCGUCGACUGGAGGAGCCCCCACCUUUGCCCACUGAAGUGCCCCACUUCCAUGGAGUAUGAUGCAUGUCGGACAGGGUGUGUAGAGGACUGUGGUAGCAUACAGGCGUUGCCAGGCGACUGGUCGGUUGCUAGGGGCAACGAGUCCUCCUGUAUGGACACACCUACUGAAGGCUGCUUUUGCGCAGGAGGAACAGUUUUGAAUCAUGGACAGUGUGUGCAGCCAGAAGCAUGCAGACAGUGUGUGGACCAUCAUGGACACACAUAUAUGUACAUGCAGAGUUGGGUACCAGAGGAGAACCCGUGUUUGAUCUGCAUGUGUUUAGACCAGCAGCGCAUCAACUGCACUGCUCGACCCUGCAAUGAUGUGAAAGCUCCAAUCUGUGGACCCUGUGAGAUCCUGAAAGAGAAGAGAGAAUCCAAGUGCUGCCCAGAGUAUGAAUGUGUGUGUGAUCUGGUGAGUUGUGACCUGCCUGAAGUGCCUCGCUGUGAGGAUGGUCAAACUGCGGUCCUGAAAAACCCUGGGGAAUGUCAGUCGAUACAUGAGUGCGUGUGCAAAAAGGAAGAGUGUGCUCUAGAAGCUCCUCCUGUUUGUCCCUCACAUCGUGUACUAUCCGUCAAGAAGACAACUUGCUGUGAUGUGUAUGAAUGUCAGUGCAAUUGCCAAAACUCCACCCACACCUGCCCCACUGGCUUCAUCAUGUCCUCCUCUACCAACGACUGUGGCUGCACAGAGAUCAACUGCCUGCCUGACAAGGUGUGUGUGGUUGGUGCCACGGCUCAUCCGGUGGGAAGCAAAUGGGAGGAAGGCUGUAAAAAGUGCAGCUGCACUCAGCUGCAGGAUGCAGACACAUCGCUUCACAUCGCUCAGUGUGAGCCGCCGGCGUGCGAUCGAACCUGCCCUCUGGGCUCAACGUACAUGCCGUCUGAAGGAGAAUGCUGUGGGAAAUGCACACCGACCAGCUGUGUGGAGGCACAGGGAGAGAAGCGAGGGGACACAGUCAUUGGAGGAAGUCUCAGACAUGUGGGUGAGGUGUGGCGCUCUGCACGUGAUGAAUGUGUCCUACAUGAGUGCACGAAAGUCAAAGACGAGGUUUUCAUCUCCACAACAAACAUCAGCUGCCCUGUUAUGGAGGCUCCAUCCUGCCCGCUGGGAACGGAGCUGCGCUGCAACACCCACGACUGCUGCCCCAGCUGUCACUGCGCCUCUUUGGACGUUUGUGUACUCAAUCACACACUGAUCGGAGCGGGGGAGAGGAUGAUGGUUGACAUGUGUACACACUGUGUGUGUAUGAUUGAGGACGGUGCAGUCAGGAAGCUCAAACUGUCCUGCAGGCGAAUCAACUGCUCUCCAUGCCCCAUGGGCUACACGAUGCAGGAGGAGGAGGAUGCCUGCUGCGGUCGCUGUGUUCCCACCGCCUGCUUCAUGCAAAGGCCUGAUGGGAAACUCCUCACUGUGCAAGUGAACACAACUACUGAGGAUGGCUGCAGCUCCUACACCUGUGGGGUAAACAGUAAAGGAGAUCUAGUUCUGCAGACCAGAGUGACCACCUGCCCUCCGUUCGACCGCCAAGCCUGUCUGGACCAUGGAGGGAAAAUCAGCCAAAUUGGAACAACCUGCUGUGAGAUGUGUACUGAGCCGGAGUGUCGAAGGACAAUAGGAACACUAAACUACAUCAGAGUGGAUGACUGCCAGUCAGAGCACCAGAUAGAGCUGCAUUACUGUGAGGGCAAAUGCCGCAGUCAGUCCAUGUACUCGCUGCAGCGGGCGGCCGUGGAGCAGGAGUGUGUGUGUUGUGCUGCCGUGGAGACUGAGCCCCUCAGCGUUCCUGUGCUGUGUGCCAACGGCACCCAGAGCCACCAUACUGUCCUGUCUGUCACCGCCUGCGACUGUCUGUCCAAGCACUGCACCUAAAAAGAGAGCAAGAGAGGAGAAAAAUAAAAAGUUCAUGCAAUCUGUGUAUUCAAGCAACAUGUUUAAAGGUUUAAAAAACUAACCACAUCAGUAACAAUAAAACAAACUUGUCAUUUUCUGUGA